AAAAAAUGUCACAAACUAAUACUAGCAAUUUACAGUUUUCAUUUACAUUUUACUAUAAUGUAUUUUAUCUUGGACAUUGUGCAGAUGUUGCCGAUCCAAAUAAAUAUGGUAAACCAAUGUCAUUGCCGGAAAAAUGGCAACAAAUUCCUAUAUUGUGUUUAACAUUAAUUGCGUUUAUUAUCAAUGCUAUCACAUUAUUUAUAUUUCUAUUCGGUGAAUUCACCAUCAAUCGUAUAGCCUCUUCAUCAUCCAUAGUAAAACAUGAAAAACAAUCCGGAACCACUUCGUCAAUUAUAUCAAAAACGACGCAAAAACCCAAAAAACACAGUCGAUCAAGAAGCUCCUUCUUAACAAGUCUGAUUAUUUUAAGUUUAUUCGAAGUGAUUUUCAAUUUUUCCGCAUUUAUUUUCAAACUCAUUGAAAUAUCUUCACCGAAUUUCAUUCAUCAAAUACCGAUUGAUUCAACAACAAAUCAUAAACCACCAGAUAUGCGUAUCAUUGUAAUUCCAGUUGUACAAAAUGUGAUCAUGUUUCUGGCUGAUAUUGGUUUAAUGUGUAGAAAUUGGUGUAUAUGUUUGAUUACGGCUGCACGAGCUGAAGUAGUUAUUUGGCCAUUAGGUUCUAAAGCAUGGCAACGUAUUUUACGAAAUCCACGUCGAUUCACUUUGGUAUUCAUGAUAUUUGUUGUGAUUUCCAUUGUAAUAUCAGCAUUUAAACAUACCGAUUAUAUUGGUCAUUUGUGUUAUGAUCAAAAUAAUAAAAAAUAUGGUUUAUGGUCAGUUGAAUAUUUAUGGAGUUAUGAAGGAUUUUCUAAAUAUAUGACAUUUAUUGUAUUACCAUAUCAAGCAGUUAUUCCAUGGUUUAUUAUUGUUAUAUUUACUAUGUCGAUAUUAUUCGGUUUGAAACCAUGGAAAACUGAUGACAAAUCGAUUUUAUUCUCUCACAAUACAAAAUCUUUGGAUGAUCUACCUGAUCUACAAAAAUCACAACAACAACAACAACAACAAAGCUGUGUACAACAAGAUGCGCUAAGAAAACGUCAACAAGGUCAAUUAAGAGCAACACAAAUUGUAUUGAUCGUUGCUGUAUUGUUCGGUCUGUUAGAAUGCAUGAAUUUCAUUGUUUCAAUAUGUCAAACAGCAAAACUUCUGACGAAUCAUCGAUUAAGUCGUAUCCUAGAAACCAUUGGUAAUACAUUGAUUACAUUGGAUUCUAUGUGUAAUUUCGUUGUAUUCAUUUCAAUGAUGUCAUAUUUUCGUCAAAUAUUUGCAAAAAUAUUUCUUUGUCAUGAAAUCAAUCAAAAUUCCAAUGUCAACAAUAUAAAUAAUAGUACAGUUUCACAAAAAAUCACAUCAUCUACUUCGAUUAAUCAAACAUCAACAGUCAACUUAGAUAAGACAAAUAAAUUAAACAGUCAAAGUUCAUAAGACAUAUUACAUGAUUUUAAUCGUUUUUAAACAAACUUUAUUAUUGUUCAAAAAUCAACAGCGUUUUCUCCUCCUUUUAU